GAGAGAGGGAGAGACAGAGAGAGAGAGGGAGAUGGGAGAAAACAGAGACGUUACAAAACCACAAAGUGCUGAGCAGACGGUUCCUGCCGGAAGGAGGAGGAGCUGCAGGAGGUUCUGUACACUCGGCCGGUCCGAUUCCUCCAGCGACAGACCGAAGAGACGCUUCGUCUCGCUCGUCUCCAGGUGUUCAACAGCUCCAGAAACUGAAGACAGAAGAACGUCUCCGCCAUGUUCACCAGCUUCAGGGACAAGGACAUGGACACCUGCACCCUCUGGGUCAAAGAGAGUCCUCCUCCUGGCUCCGUCUCCGGUCUCUUCAGGUUCAGACGCUGGCUGUUUCCCGCUCUGAUGGUCGCCCUGGUGAUCGUCCUCAUCCUGGUUCUGGGAGUCACUAACUCGAAGACGUCCAGCCGGCUGUGGACUGCAGAGGAGGACAUGUCCAUCCUGGCCGACAGGAUGGAGUCCCUGAACGCAUCGCUGCAGCAGAGUCACGAAUCCAUUAAAGACCUUCAACACCUGCAGAGGUCCAUUCAGGACAACAAGGACCAGCUGGCCUCAGUGUCUACAGCCCUGCAGCAGCUGGCGGUUCUGGACUCUCUCAGCCCCGUGGACGGGCUGAAAUGUUCCCUGCAGCGGAUCGUCAGCAACAGCUCAGCAACGGGACCGUGCUGUCCCGUGGACUGGACCCGGUUCGGAUCGGACUGCUACUUCUUCAGCCGGCACCAGAUGAACUGGAACCAGUCCCGGAUCUGGUGUGAGAGGAACAGCGCUCACCUGGUGAUCCUGCGCAGCGACCAGGAGUGGGACUUUGUGACCAAGACGUCGGUUCCUCACUUGUACUGGGUCGGCUUGACUGAUGGGAGGACUGGGAGGUGGGAAUGGGUGAACCAGACGCCUUACACCAUAGAGCGCAGGCGCUGGGUUCCCGGCCAGCCCGACGCCUGGACGGGUCACGGUUUGGGUCCUGAAGAUGAAGACUGCGCUCAUCUCCAUAAGAACGGGCGUCUCAACGACAUCCACUGCAGCACCGGCCUUCGCUUCAUCUGCCAGAGAAGCAGCAUGAACACCUGAACACACCUGGACUCAGGCUCCGCCCACAACCCGCCGCCAUGAAGGCACAGCAGACCUGACCGGACUUCACCGGACCGGACCAGUUAGAGACUCUGACACCAGAUGAUGAUGAUGAUGAUGAUGAUGUGGCAUUAAAGGAACAUCUGGAAACUUCA